AUGGGCUCCGAGACUUACUAUGCAGUGAUGGUUGGAAAACAGCCUGGUGUGUACAAGACUUGGUCCGAAUGUCAAGUACAGGUGAAGGGAUUUAGAAAUGCUCAAUACAAAAAGUUUCCCACCAUGGAAGAAGCGCAAGCAUUUGUCGAUUUGGGCGCACCUACAGUCAAUUUCAAACCGCCACAACAGGAACCCAAAUUCCAGGCAACACGAGUGAGCAUCUUUGAUCAAAACAAACGUGAAUCAUUAUUUACGGCAGACGAUCCUGCACCAACCACCAAAAUCCUACCCAAGCGAAGCCGUCAAAGCAGCAGCAACUCGGAUAAUGAGAGACCUAGUAAAUUGCAAAAUACAGGGCUGGAUCGCAAACCUACUUAUGCAAAGAAAGAACCCUAUGCAGUAGUGUACACGGAUGGCGCUUCAUCGAAUAACGGCAAACAUCACGCUCGUGCUGGCUACGGUGUGUAUUGGGGAGACAACGACCCUCGCAAUGUGAGUGCACGAUUAAAGGGAGAGCGACAAACCAACCAACGAGCAGAAGCAAUGGCUGUGUUGCAUGUGCUAGAGGACACAAAGGAGAGCGAUAAACCAUUAGAGAUCAGAACGGAUUCUCAGUACGUGAUUAAUGCUGUAACUGUUUGGUAUAAAAGCUGGGUUAAGAGGAACUGGAUCGCUACAAAUGGAAAAGAAGUUCAGAAUAGAGAUUUGUUUGAGCCCAUUGUCAAUCUCAUGAAAAGUAGAAAGACAGAUGUUAAGUUCACAUACGUCCCUGGUCAUAGUGGUUUUGAGGGCAAUGAGAAGGCAGAUCAACUCGCUGUAGCAGGCGCGCAAUUGGAAUAUUGA